AUGAUUUCUUACAACAUUACGAUUUUAUUAGUACUUUUAAUUAGUCUUAAUAUAUUUGCCCAAGAUUCAAAUACUUUUCCUUGUGAAAUUGACGAAUCCAUUGAAUUAAAUUUAAAUGAAAAACAAUUGGAUGACUCAUAUAUUGCAGACGAUAUCCGAAUACCAAAGGAGUAUAUUUUUAAAACUAUAGAUAAUACAACUAAUGAAACAAUAACCAGAGGAUCUUUUCUAUUGUCUCAACCUUUUAUGAUUAUUACAAUAAUAGUGUAUUUAGCAAUUAAAAAGUUGCGAAAUUUACAUGGAAAAGCUCUAGUAUGUCAUUUAAGCUCAUUAUCAAUAUCAUAUUUUUGUUUAGCUGGGAUUUUAUUAGGAAAUAAUCGUGAUUAUUUUGAAGUAUGUACUGUAAUUGGUUAUAUUUGCUAUUUUACAAUUUUGUCGGCUUAUUUUUGGUUAAGUGCAAUUAGUUUUGAUUUAUGGUUUAAUUUUAAUUGUUAUGACAAAGCAAAAUCAUGUCAAAAUUUUCGUUUUGGUAUUUAUUGUUUAAUUUGUUAUGGUACAGCUAUAUUUUAUGUAAUAAUUGCUUAUAUAGUCCAAAAUUAUGGGAAAAAAGAUAAUGUUAAACCAGGAUUAGGAUCGACUCAUUGUUACUUGAAUGUUGAAGAAGGUUUUUCUGCUGUAAUAUGGUUAUAUUUCCCAUUGAUAUGUGUUAUAACAUUUAAUAUAGUGAUGUUUGUAUUGACAUGGAUAAAAAUUAAAUCUGUAACAUCUGAAUUAGGUCACAUUAUGAAUAAGGGCAAUAGCCAACGUAGUAUAAAAAAUGAACGUAACAAUUUUCACAUAUUUUUACGUUUAUUUGUUAUUAUGGGAGUUUCAUGGAUUACUGAAAUAAUUUCAUAUUUUGUUGGAACCAAUUAUCAAGAAUAUUUUUAUGCAACUGAUUUUUGUAAUGCUAUGCAAGGAUUGCUUAUUUUUAUAUUAUUUGUCUGUAAGAAACAAACAAGAGAGCUAAUUGUGGAAACCUGGUCGAAACGCAAUCAAGGUUCUGAAAGAUCUGAAUCUAGAUUUAUAUCAAAACCAACACGGAAAUGGAUGUCGAAAUUUAAAAAAAGUAAAAACAUUGAUGAGUCAUCAUUAUCAACGCAGACCACAAACGUUUCCCAAAAUUCAAUAUAA